AGAUGCUUUUAAAAGAUGGGGAUACAGAGCCAGCUUCCUUCCUCUCCGUCUCUGGCCUUGGCACCAUGCUUUCGUCUUUCUCAGCAAGCCUGGUUAUCCUCUGUAAGCUUUUUCCGAUAGGAGGAGACAGACGAAUGUUUUUGCCUGGUGUGUCUAAAAGCGCACUCUCUCUCUCAGCAGUGUGAGCAAAAGUGUAAUUUCGAACCAUCGCUGCGAUCUGCCUUUCCUGAUGCCAAAAAGCAAGCUAUGCCAGUGUGCUAUGCCUCCCUCCUCAUGUGACUGGAAUCCUUCUUUGGGUUCUGGUGAGGAAGCAGAAAGCUUUCUUGUCCAAAUAGUCAGCGGAGAACAUCUCAUCCGGAGCCCAUGGAACAAAAAUUGAGCCCUGCUUUGGAAGAGAGAGCGAAAGGCGCGUAGUAGGAGAGCAGGCAUUUACAAACUCCUUGUCCUUAAAAUGGAAUGUAGCUUCCCCGGUUCUGUGUCCAGAAGCAGAAUUCAGUAGCACUCCUGCCCAGCCCAGGAAACACUGGUGGCAUAUCCUGAGUGAUGAAUACAUCCUGGCUCUGACAUCUGAAUGUGUGUGUAGAUUUCGGCACACAUAUGUACAUAUGCGGAAGGCUGGACUGUGAUGUUGCCAUGUCGUCCUUUGGAAAGCUCACAGAGUACUUCAGCUUAAGGAAGUCCAGGAAUGAAUUUCGAUCCGAUCGACGGAGUGGCAGGAGAAGUGGCAGCUACUGCUGCAGUAUCACCGAAUGCAGGUCAUUGGACAGAAAGCCCCAGAGACCUGUAUUAGGAAAGUCGCGGACCCUUCCAAGCAUCCCACAGUCUCCUGUUAUCAGCCGGGUUCCUCUUCUAGAUUCAAAGUUGUACCGGAAAGAAAUGCCAGAACAGAAGCAACACAGGAAUCACUCUGCUCCCGAAUAUGAGAAAGUGUGCACAGUACCCUCUACUGGAGAGGCAUGGCAGCUGGAAGAUGACUGUAUUGAAUCUCUGAGGGACUCUGCUUUUCAGCCAAGGCUGUGCACUGCAAUGAAUGAGGCACCUUUCAGGUCACCGAGAACGCACUCUUUCUACAUGAGGAAAAGUAUUUCAGUUGACAACCACCUGGGUUCUCUCAGCUAUUCGAUCCACACUACAGACAACAAGGCAGACCGAGUCAAAACCAAACUCCGGAGACAGUUUAGCCUUGGAUCAGCAGACAAGAAGGACUUGUACCCAGCCAAGUCUGAGAGCAGCCUCUCUAAGUUCACACACCGAUUAUCGGUGAAGCAGAAGCAGGAGAAGAGGAGGAAAGCAGAGUAUGGCUCGGCUGAACUGCCUGCCUUCCGUCCCAGGUCUCUGAGCGUUGAAUGGUCUUCCUCACCUAAAAUGACACAGCAAGUGAGGGACCUGCAGCUGGCCCAGUCUAGGAAGCAGCCAGGACCCUCAUCUCCAAAUGCUGCCAAGAGGCUCUAUCGGAACCUCUCUGGAAAAUUCAGAGUGAAUUACAUGUCAUUUGAUGAAGGAAGCUUAGCAGGGAGGAAUGAGAAGGAGAAGCUGCGAAAGUCCUACCUUUUUCAGGGCAAUGCUGCUCUCUUUGAGGCCGUUGAAUUGCAGGACCUCGAUAAAGUACAAGAACUACUCAGGCAGUAUAGCCUCGAAGAGCUGGAUCUUAACACCCCAAACAGUGAAGGUCUUCUGCCAUUGGAUAUUGCCAUCAUGACCAACAAUUCCCCCAUAGCCAAAAUACUGCUGCUAGCUGGAGCCAAGGAAAGCCCUCACUUUGUGAGUCUGGAAAGUCGAUCAUUACACCUCUCAACACUAGUCCGGGAGGCCGAACAGCGGGUCAGUGAUCUGACAGCGCAGGUUGUGAAUGAGGCCCCCAACGCAGACUGCUCGGAAAAAGAAAAGCAGCUGAAAGCCUGGGAGUGGCGCUAUCGGCUUUAUAAGCGCAUGACUGCAGGAUUUGAGCAUGCCCGCGUUCCAGAUCCACCCACAAAUGUCCACCUCUCAGUGGCCAGUAGCACAUCUGUGGAAGUUUCCUUCCAGGAGCCCCUAAGUGUCAAUUCAGCCGUUGUCACCAAAUACAAAGUCGAGUGGAGCUGCUCUUCCACCUUUUCCCCACCGCUGGGCGAAGUCUUGAUCAACAAGCUGAAAAACCUGCAAAUCACCAUCCAUGGCCUUGUCUCGGGUACGGCUUAUUAUGUCCAAGUAUCUGCUUAUAAUAUGAAAGGAUGGGGACCUCCACAAAGAUCAGUACCACCCUUUGCUGUUCCCUCAAACUGGAGAGAAUAUGAUGGGCGAGCCCCGCGGCGAAGAGGUCAAGCGGAAGCUUUGGACCACCUCCUCAACCAGGUGAAAAUGGUGCACCAGCAUUGUGUGUGCCAUGAGCCUUGUAAGAAUCAGCCACAGAGCAGAAAACACUCUGUCUCCAAGAGCCUAAAGUAUCUCUUCCACCCUGGUAGCAAAUUCUUGAAGACACUGAGAAGGGGCCUGUAUCUGGCGUCAAUAUUCUACAAGGAUGACAACAUAUUGGUGACACAUGAGGAUCAGAUCCCUGUGGUGGAGAUAGAUGACACUUAUUCCUGCCUCCUCAUGCAGGACUUCCUCUGGUUUACAAAGGUGUCAUGCAUGUGGGAUGAAAUCCUGUGGUUGCGACAGUGUGUCACCGUUUCCCAGUCAUCUUGCUCCUGUGUUUUGCAAACACGCCUCAAGAUGCUGCUGGCCAUCUCAGAGAUGCAGGGUCUGCUGGGAAUCCAAGACCUGGGACAGGUCUUUUUUGAACCCAUUAAAGACAAGCAGGGCAACAUUUUGAUUGUGACCCUAAAGGAGGUGAAGACAAACCAGACCUUUGAAAGUGUCCGCUGGGUCCCUCUCUCAAAGCUGCAGACCAGCCGCAAGUCUCUCUCCUCUCCGGAAGAGCCGACAGCGCUGGAUGUGCUGUGCAUGACCAUGCAGGACAAGCUGGCUUAUCACCAGCAAAGCAGCCAGGCCCUCCCUGCUGGUUUGUACUUGGGUUACUUGAAGCUCUGCAGUGCUGUCGAUCAGAUACGAGUGUUGGUGCCAGAACAGCGGCCAAACAUUCUGUGUCAUGUCAAGAUACGAAGCAACCCGAACAUCUCCAGGGAGGAAUGGGAGUGGCUGCAGAACCUGGCUAGCAUGGAGGAGCCCAUUCCUGCAGAGCGAGACCUAGAGACCACCCAGAAUCUCUUGCUUCAAGAGCUCCAGGCGGCAGUCAAAGAACUGGUGCAACUGGUCAACAUCCCACUGCAUGAGGCCAAAGAUUUCCGUCUGUACAGUCAGGAGGUUUUGGACUUCAGGGGGCAGGUCUCCUUUCUUCUGCUUCUGCCCCCUUCGGAUGAUGUGUGCACUGCCCCUGGCCAGAACAACCCAUAUACACCUCGCUCUGGGUUUCUUACGCUCCCUCUUCAGAUCUUUGAACUAGUUCAUUUUUUCACCUAUGACCAAGAGUUUAUUAGUCAGUAUUGCCAAGUGUCUGCACUCUUGGAGUUGGAGUCACUUCUUUCUCAACAAAACCUCAGGGAGGCCUUCUCAGACUCAGAACUAACUACUGCCAAGCAGAGGCAUCAGCAAGUUCAGGACUAUAUGCAGCAAAUGGAGGAGAUUUGGAGAGAAAUGCGUUGGAUGAUGGAUGCACUACAGCAUGCCCGGUACAAGCAGCCAUCUUGCGGCGUCUCACUUGUGUGGUUCAUUGAAGAGUCAAGCACGGCGCUGAAGGAGAAAACGGAGUCAACCUCAUCCCACUUCGACUUCCUUCCCUCGCCUACCCCGUCUCCGGAAACAAGUCGAAAACUCAACUCUGAUUCACGUGGAAACUCUGAUGAGGAGGGCUCCUCAGAAGUAUUCUUAGCUACAGACAGUGACUACGACUCCAGCAGAGCCCAGAGCCCCAGAGAGCUUGACCUUGUUUACUCUUCUUCUGGUCCUGAAGGCUACAGUAGAAGAAGUCUUCGCCCUUUGAGGGACAGUGCCCCGGACGUCCUACAGAGCCACGAACUAAAGACGCCUCCAGUUCCUCCAGAGGAGCACCAACCUCCCUCAGAGCUCUACGACAGUGACUUUGUCUUGCCCAGCCGGCAAAUUGAGUUGCUGCGCAUCACAGAGAAGAGGCAGGCCUACUGUGUCCGCACCAGCAGCCUAGAUUUCCCGAAACCCCUCUGUCACGGAGCCAGAAAGUCUUGCCCUGGCUCCGUUGACAGCUCCCCGACGGAAACCAGGACUGCAGGCCGUUGCAGCCCUCUGAGAUUUGGGACAGGCUCAGAGCUCAGUCCCAAGCACAGCUGGUCUGCGGAAAACUCUGAGCCUGUCUUUCGGACACGCUCGGUGGAAUGGACUCGCACCUUCCAGGAGACAUCAGAGCCAGGACAUGUAGCAAAUCAUGGCAAGUCAUCGGGUUCCUUCACCGUACAUGUGUGCCCUCAGUAUGAAACAGGGCUCUCCAACGAGACAAGCAUCAAGCUGCACAUCACCAACAAGAUGUCGGCCGAAGAUGUGGUGAAGCUGGUGGUGCAGGAGAUGAAUGCAAUCUCACGCGAGGUCCUGGGAACUGCAGAUGCUUUCAGCUACAGUGAAGAACAAUUGGGUCACUUUGGACUAGUGUUCGUAUCGGAUGACGUUGAGCAGUGGCUUCCAAAUGACUUCCUGCUUCUCUCACUUCAAAAGGCUUGGCCUGACGGGAGGUUCUGUGUUCGAAUCAAAGAGACUUCUCCUCUCUUGUUCCAAUAUGGACCUGCAACAACGGUAUGAGAGGAUGGGAUUAUAAGAGGAGAAGUGAGGAACAUCCAACUUCCAGUGAGCGGACAGCUCACCUUUGAUGCUUCCUUCUUGAAAAGACACUUUUGUGCCAGACACCAUGGGCCAAAACAGGAGCAUACUGGGCAGUGUGUUGCUUGUGUGUGUGUGUGUGUGUGUGUGUGUGUGUGUAUGUGUGGGUGUGUUUCAUUUUGACCAAAGAGAUAUCAAGACUUGGUUGUGACAACUACAAGUAAGGGUGAAGUCUAGGAGUCUUUGGGGUAAUGGUAUAUAAUUUAUCAAAGACAAUUUCAGCAAAUAGAAGAGCUGGUUAGGGUUAAAGAAGCAAUACAUAAUUAUAUUUUUUCAUUCUGAAUAUGGGAAAAGGGAGGACGGGAAGGUGUUAAUGAAGGAAAAGACGCCAUGAUCCUGGCUGGAAUAAUCCCGAAGUCAGGGCCUGGAGCUAAAAAAGGGGGGGAAAUUACCAAGUCCUGUUAAUGUUUCUUGUUUCAUUGUAUCUGGAGAAAUAGAAAAUUGCACAUAGUUCUCUGAACAAACUGUUCUCCUUUUCUUAAUUCUACCCUAGAAAUACACAGUAUAAAAUGUUGCAAAAGAUGAUCUCCCCCAGGAGCACAGAGGACAGAGUUUUUACAUCUGGAAUAAAACUUCCUUUUGGUAGGAAAGCUGAAUCAAUCUUGACCUCACCUAGAAAAGGACCUCUCUACUCUGGCCAGACUCAACCUUCUUUGGAGCCGACGGCUGACCUUUUGGGAACAGUCCUAAGGGCUCUGCAUUUCUUAAAACCACAUUAUUUUUUAUUUUAUUUUGUCUGCCUUCUCCUUCCUCUACCUAACCAUCAAACUAAAAAGGGAAAUGGGAAAGGAUGGCCAGGUAACAACUCUCUCAAUCCCCUCGUCUUUCCCCUGCUUGCUUUUUCCUACAUUCCCACACAGGGCAGGAAAGCAGUCCCCCUUUUUCAUCUCCCAAGGUAGCUGAAGAUUGUGAGUAAAGCACUUGUUGGAACAGCCAGGAGUUCCUCCUUUCCGUGAGCAACAGCAGGACUGAGUAAGGGUCAUGAAAAGCUGCAGUUCUAUGCAAUAGCUGAUCACAACCGUCACCACAAUAUCCAGCUGAAAAUCAGAAAAGAUGCCUUGCAGUGAAAGCUAACCGACUGGGCUCAUUCUCACUGGCAGAAUAACACGGGUUGUGAUUCGGAUCCGCUCCGUGUGUGUAACUGAUUUCAAAAGAUCCCUCAUUCUCACUAUAAAAGGGGAUCUGUUUUUUUGCCACAUGAAUCAGUUUUCUUUUUUUGUCCCCAUUUGCUCUGCUUCAAGCUGGGGAUGGGGGAAGCUGGUGAUGGAGCACAAGCUGGCAGAGGAAGAGAGCCAAGACCAGGGACAGCAAGGAGGCACCAGGGAAGCCAAGCAGGGAGGGAGGGAAGGAAGGAAGGAAGGAAGGAA